UUUUCCUUCCCGAAGGGUCCACCCCAUGGGUGGAGUCUGCCCUUUUCUUCCCAGCGUCGCCUAGCUUCGAGCUCCCAGAACUCGUGCAGCUCGGAGCCCCGCCGGCCUCUUCCCGUUUCGGAUCUCCGAGCCCAUGUGCCCGGGGCUGCCAGGAGGAGGCGCGUUCCUGAGUCCGGGAUCUUUCUUCCUUCGGGAAACAUCGUAUUGCGUGUAUUGUUUACUUCCGAGUAAAAGCGACCCCACGCCAUGGACCUCAUCGGAUUGCUGAAGUCUCAGUUCCUGUGCCACCUCGUCUUCUGUUAUGUAUUUAUUGCCUCGGGGCUGAUCAUCAACACCAUCCAGCUCUUCACGCUCGUUCUCUGGCCCAUUAACAAGCAGCUCUUCCGGAAGAUCAACUGCAGGCUGUCCUACUGCAUCUCGAGCCAGCUGGUGAUGCUGCUGGAGUGGUGGUCGGGCACAGAGUGCACCAUCUACACCGACCCGCGGGCCUUCCCCAAGUACGGGAAGGAAAACGCCAUCGUGGUGCUGAACCACAAGUUUGAGAUUGACUUUCUCUGUGGCUGGAGCCUGGCCGAACGCUUUGGGGUCCUAGGGGGCUCGAAAGUCCUGGCCAAGAAAGAGCUGGCCUACGUGCCGAUCAUCGGCUGGAUGUGGUACUUCACGGAGAUGGUGUUCUGCACGCGCAAGUGGGAGCAGGACCGUAAGACCGUCUCCACCAGCCUGCUGCACCUCCGGGACUACCCCGAGAAGUACCUGUUUCUGAUCCACUGCGAGGGCACGCGCUUCACCGACAAGAAGCACCAGAUCAGCAUGCAGGUGGCCCAGGCCAAGGGGCUGCCCAGCCUCAAGCACCACCUGCUGCCGCGCACCAAGGGCUUCGCAGUGACCGUGAGGAGUUUGAGAAAUGUAGUUUCAGCUGUAUAUGACUGUACACUCAAUUUCAGAAACAAUGAAAACCCCACCCUGCUGGGAGUCCUAAAUGGAAAGAAAUACCACGCGGACAUGUACGUGAGGCGGAUCCCGCUGGAAGACAUCCCUGAAGACGACGACCGGUGUUCCGCCUGGCUCCACAAGCUCUACCAGGAGAAGGAUGCCUUCCAGGAGGAGUACUAUCGGACAGGCACCUUCCCCGAGACGCCCCUGGUGCCCCCCCGGCGGCCCUGGACACUGCUCAACUGGCUCUUCUGGGCCUCGCUGCUGCUCUACCCCUUCCUCCAGUUCCUGGUCAGCAUGGUCCGCAGCGGCUCUUCCCUGACGUUGGCCAGCUUCGUCUUUCUCAUCUCUGCAGCUUCUGUGGGAGUCCGGUGGAUGAUCGGCGUGACAGAAAUCGACAAAGGCUCUGCCUACGGCGACAUCGACAACAAGCAGAAACAGAAUGACUGACUCAGGGACAUGUCGCCAUCCCAAGGGAACCUUGGGGACUGGUGGCCUCGGCAUAUCCUUAGCAGGACACAGUGACGAGGGCCAAGCAAGCCCCUGCUGGAAGAGCAGCUGCAGCCUCUCCGGCCAGGGAGCUGGGUCUCCAGCCAGAAGGGGAGGAAGGCCUCGUCCAUCUUUGCGCCGUGUGCUUUAGUGGGUUUUGGUUUUUCCUUUUCGUGUGAGUGUGAGAGCGGGUGUGUGCUGAGUGUGAGCCCUGUCCUAUGAUAAUACAAAGAGUGUCUUAGGUGCAGGGAGGGCAGGGCUGGGAACGAGGGGGAAAGUGUCCCCUCUCAUCCUUGGUGCUGAGUUUCUGUAACCCUAGAUUGCCAGAGAGUGAAAAGUGCUUUAGACGAAUGACUAAAUUAUGCCUCCAAAAAAAUUAAAGCGUCGUCUGGGUCACCGUGUGAGUGCUUAUGCAGA